AAUAAAACUAACUUAUAAAUAGCGUUUCCCAUCACCAACGUCUGUUCACAAAUCGUGUCACCGAAUACCAAAAAGGAAACGCAACCGCGAUUUCUCUCUUCUCUCUCUGAUUCUCUCGUCCAUGGCGGACAUCGACAUCACCACCGGAAACGAGCCGCUGAUCAACCGCGAGAACAACAGAAACAAAGUCUUUAACCGAUGCGUCUCGCAUCAGCAAGACGAGCUACAGAGCUUCCGUAAAUACUUGAGAUGGAUGUGCGUGGACCACUCGAGUCUAUGGACUGCUAUCCUCUCGUGGACCAUGUUCGUCGUCUUCACGCUCGUGGUUCCAGCGAUCUCUCACUUCCUCCUCGCUUGCGCUGACUGCGACAGUUAUCAUUCAAGACCGUAUGACUCCGUCGUACAGCUGUCUCUAAGCAGCGUCGCCGCCGUCUCUUUUCUCUGCCUCACUAGAUUCGUUAGCAAGUACGGUCUCCGACGGUUCCUCUUCUUCGAUAAGUUAUGGGACGAGAGCGAAACCGUACGCAGAAACUACACCAAUCAACUCAAUACGUCGCUUCAUAUUGUCUCCUACUUCGUGAUCCCUUGUUUCUUAGCAAUGAGUGCUUACAAAAUAUGGUGGUACGCUUCAGGUGGAUCUCAAAUACCGUUUUUAGGAAACGUUAUCUUAAGCGAUACAGUCGCUUGUGUUAUGGAGCUUUGUUCUUGGCUUUACCGAACAACCGUAAUCUUCCUUGUCUGUGUUCUCUUCCGUCUCAUUUGCCAUCUUCAGAUCCUUCGCCUACAGGACUUUGCUAAGCUCUUUCAGAUUGAUUCAGAUGUUGGUUCUAUCUUGUCUGAACAUCUUCGUAUCAGACGUCAUCUCAGAAUCAUCAGCCAUAGAUAUCGUUCUUUCAUUCUAUGCUUGUUGGUUCUUGUCACUGGAAGUCAGUUUUCUUCUCUGCUUAUUACUACCAAAGCUUACACUGAAGUUAAUAUGUACAGAGCUGGAGAACUCGCUCUUUGUUCAAUGACAUUGGUCACUGCAUUGCUCAUACUAUUACGAAGUGCGUCAAAGAUCACACACAAGGCUCAAGCCGUGACAUGCUUAGCUGCAAAAUGGCAUGUAUGCGCAACGUUAGAAUCUUUUGAGAUAGCAGAUGGAGAGACUCCAACUUUGGUUGCUAGAAACAGCAAUAACAAUAAAGGCAAUGAUGUUAUCACGUUAGCAGAAUCAGAUAGUGAUGAUUAUGGUGACGAAGAAGAUGAUCUAGACAACAAUAACAUCAUUCCUGCUUAUGCUUUCAGUACCAUCUCAUUCCAGAAACGACAAGCUCUAGUGAGUUACUUCGAGAAUAACAGAGCAGGAAUCACAGUUUAUGGAUUUACACUUGAUAGAGAUGCUGUAGGAAUUUAUAAGAGUACAGUCAAGGAGUUGUCUAACAAGAGUGAGUGACAUAGAAAAACAACAACUGAAUCAUUCACUAAUUAAGCUCAGAGAGAUUAAACAGAGGACAAAGCUCCAGUAAUCAUCACUUACUAUAAAAUAUACUUGAUCCAUCAACAUCUUUGCUCGGAUCUUCUUUGUUCUCUACUUCCGGACGAUUACGAGUCUCUGAGUGAGACACCGGUUCUGAAGGAUCAUCACACUCAGCAUCCUUCCCUACAAGACCUUGUGAUCAUUGUUAGUAUCAACUGCUUGAUGCAUAGAAGCAUAUUCAGCUUCAACCGUUUGACUUAUAGUCGCUGCAUUUUCAGCUUCAAACGUUUGACUUACAGUUGCUGCAUCUUCAGCUUCAACUGUUUGACUUGUAUCUGCUGCAUCUUAAGUUUGACUUAUAGCUACUGCACCUUCAGCCGAACUUCUAUUCGCAUUGGCAAAGAAGAAGGAAUUGUUCCCCCUGGAGGCGAUAUUCGCCAACAC